UUUAUUUGAAAAAUAAUGGCGGGACUUCUGUUAAGUCCAACAGAAAAAAUAUAUAUUUUACAUGGUGUUCAGGACGACUACCGAUCAGAUGGAAGAACGAAUAUUGACUACAGACCCAUGGAACUUGAAACCGAUGUGGUUAGUCACGCCAGUGGGUCGGCGAGGCUUCGACUUGCAAAUACAGAUAUCUUAGUCGGUGUGAAGACUGAAAUAGAUGUACCUAAGUCUGAUAAUCCAGGAUUGGGGAAGAUAGAAUUUUUUGUUGAUUGCUCAGCAAAUGCUACUCCCGAAUUUGAAGGUCGAGGCGGAGAACAAUUAGCAAAUAAUAUAUCAAAUAUGAUGCAGCGUGCCUAUAACUCUUCACAAGCAUUUGACUUAAAACAACUAUGUAUAUUGGAAGGAAAGCAGUGUUGGAAACUUUAUGUUGAUAUUUUGAUUCUAGAAUGUGGAGGAAAUCUAUGUGAUGCGGUAUCCCUUGCUGUAAAAGCAGCCCUAUUCAACACAAGAAUACCAUUUGUAAAAGCAGCUCUGAUGGACGGUGGUAGUGUUGAUUUUCAGCUCUCAGAUGACCCUUAUGACUGUAAAUUGUUAGACACAGGGACUGCACCACUUUUAGUAACACUUUGUAAAAUAGGUGAUAAAUGUGUAGUAGAUCCAUCAGCUGAAGAAGAAAGUUGUAGUGUUAUAUCUCUAAUAGUCGGUAUAACUGGUAAUCCUAAAUACUACAGUAAAGAUGCAGUAGAAUCACCUAAUUUUGAAUGUAAAUGCAGUACAAUCGGAAUGAAUGGUCCAGGCAGUGUGGCUCCUGAAACUUUCAAAAAUGCUAUUAAUCAGGGAAUCAUUGCAGCUAAGAGCUUAGAUGAAGCUUUAGGCAGAGCACUACUAAGGGAAAGACAAGAGUGUAACAAUUUUAAGAAAACUUCAUAUGGAUUCCUGAAAUAAACUGAAAAAAAUUAGAUAGUUAGUAUUUAAAGGGUUAAUAAAAACAACCUUAUUGUUCCAA